CAGUCGGAGCCACAACACAUUUGUCUGUUUGCCUCCGGGGAGGUGUGCGGCGAGGGGGGAUCAUGGAAGACAAGGCAAGCUUUGAUGAACUACUGUCCCAAGCCAAUGUGCUCUGUGGUGAGCUUGCCAGUACUUCCAAUCAACUUCAUUGGAAGCUUCAAGAUGAUGAGCUUCGUAUGGCAGAGGCGGAUGCUGCUGUCGCUGCUGCACUUGCCACUUCGGAGCGAUCCCGUGCCGACAUGGCCAAGGUCUGCGACGCGCUCGUGAGCCUUGCCGACUCGUCGUUUCUCACCUGCGCCACAACUACCGCUUCUCACACAAGUUCUUCACCGCAAGAGCCCCUCGCGUCUGGCCAUCUCCCUUCUGACUCGCCUACCCACUCCGCCGCGUCGGCUCCAGAGACGUUCUCGCCAAAGGCCGACAACCAAAAUUCCGCGCCUGCCUGCUCUGACCACAUCUCCGCCGAUGCUGCCAGAGGUACAGCUCCCGGGAUAGCUGAGGGUGACUCGAUCCAAGGACAUUCCGGUGGUUCUGGUGGAACUCGUCCUGUUGGUGGCGCUGGCGAUGUGGGUGGUGCUGGCGUGGCGAAGGAUGCUCGGUCCGAGGUGGUCGGCUUGCUGCUCGUGAGCCAAGGGGAUGCUGGCGGAGAGAGUGGAGAGAGUAGAGAAAGUGGAGACGGCGGAAAUGGUGGAGAUGCUCGAGUUGCGGGCAAGGCAGGCGAGGCAAGCGAGGGUGGGCAUGCUGGUGAGCCUGUGGAACGUGAUGGCCGGGUGGGAGAUGAGGUAGGUGAUCAGGUGGCGGCUGGUGACGGACGCGGUAGUGCAAUGGAGAGAGCACUGGCCGAGGAUGAGGGCGGAGCGAGUGGAGCGGGCGAGGCAGACAAGGUGGUGGUUGCGGCGGAGAGCAUGGGUGUGGCGGAGAGCAAGGAGAACAAGGUGGGAGAUCCCGAGCUGGCGGCGCAGUUGGCGGUGCUGGAGGCCGAGUUGGAGGCAGCGGAGGCGACGGCUGCAGAGGCAGCGGCGGCCAAGGCAGCAGCGGACGAGCGAGCGGUCGAGGCCAAGGCGGCGGCCGAUAGGGCGCGGAGCAGGCUCCGGACGCAGCACACCUCGCUGCAGGCGGCCGAGGGCAAGAUCGACAAGUGCCGUGACAGCAUUAAGAAGCUGUCCAAGGAGCUGGGCUCGGCCCAGACAGCGGCGGCGGCGGCGGCGGCCAAGGCCGCCAAAUUUACUGCCGCUGCCGAGGCUGCGGACCGUGAGUUUGCUGCAGUUUGGUCGGGCUCCAUCGCCGAGCUGGAGCUUGCCUGGGCCAGCCUCGAAGCCGACCGGCAACAGGUGACGGCUGCGUCGUCGCCGCCGUCGCCCAAGCCGGGCCCGACUGCGGGCUCGGCCGGCACAGGUAGCCGGACCAACCCCCGGCGGACGGCAACGGCGGCCCCGUUCAGACUGGGCUCGUCCGAGCUCGACAUCGCGCGGCCAGAGGAUUUGUCGCGCCCGCAGCUUGUGGAGGCAUUGGCGCGGCAGGUCUACUACCUAACGCCUGUCGACGGCUCCGAGGUUGCACUGGCCGACAUUUCGAACCGACCGCGGUUCCACCAGCUGUACGUCCGGUUCAAGCGCAUGUCUGCGCACCGCGUCUCUCUCUGGCGCGUCCUCCUGCCACACCUCGAGUCUGUCGGCGUCCAGAUGCGCAAGACGCCGGCGCGGAUCCUGUACUCUCGCAAGAGCGUUGCUGCCGACGGGUCGAGCUCGGCGGGCUCGGGUGCACGAACGUCGACGAGCAGUGCCGCAUCGGGGAGCGAGGCUGGGACAGGGAGCGAGGGCAAGGGGCUGACCGAGGCCGAGGUCCAGGAUGCGGCGGCGGCGGCGCUGAGCUCGGACGCGACACGCACGCUCAUCACCCAGAUCCUGGCGCAGCUGCGCAAGCUGGUCGAGGCCUCUUCGAGCGGCUCGGUGACCUCGGUCUACCUCACCAAGGACGCCAAGCUCAAGGCGCUCUUUGCGCGCUACCGCAAGGUGACCGGCCGGCGUGAGGCGCCGUGGAAGAUCAUCAUGCCGUUCCUGCAGGACUUUGGCCUCAAGUCAUCCAAGGACCGCUACGCCAUCCGCUACAUGCUCGACCCGACCGCGCCAAGCGUGAGUGGGGGAGGUAGCUCCGGCGGGCGAGGAGCUCAGGCUGCGGCGGGCGGAGCGGCGGUGGCGUGGAGUGGUGCAGGGGGCAAGCGCGCGGCGCCGUCGCGGGCAGAGAUCAACGCCAUGUCGUCGGAGGAGCUGGUCAACGCGCUGUGCGAUCGGUUGUAUGAAAUGGCUCCGGCCGAUGGGCGAAGUAUCGACUCGACGGUGGCGGCCAACGACAGCCUGUUCAAAAUCAUGUUUGGCCGGUACCGGUCGAUGGAGCCGCGGAAGCAGCCGCUGUGGCGGGUGGUCAAGCCGCACAUUGAGAACCAUCGGCUGGGCAUGGUCAAGACUAAGAGCGCAGUCAGCUACUACCGGCUCGGGGGGACGUCCAAGGCCGCGGGUGGUGGGCACCUGGCGAGGCGGGACGGCGGGAGCGGAGGCAAGAGCGAGAGGUCGGCGGGGGCGGCGAGCGGAGGCGGGAGCAGAGGCAGUGGUACGGCGCUCAAGCGCAAGGCGCGGGUGGCGGCCAUCAACCGGGCCAUCGAUCUGGAGGCCGAGACGGCGAGCCGUGAGCGCGAGGCCGCACAAGCGCUGGAAGCCGCGGUGAUCAAGCUCGAGCGGGUCUCGCCGCAGCACCCGGCGCAUGCGCAGCUGGCAGGCAGAAUCAAGACGCUUACGUCGCGGGCGACGGCGGCGAGGCUGACUGCAGACCAGGCGGCGUCGGCGGCCGCCGAGGCGCGGGCGAGCCACCCGGUGCUCUUUCACGAGGUCAUGGCCGCCAAGCGCGCGGCGGAAGAAACGGAAGGAAGACCCGGGCCGCCGAGCUCGCGGUCGCGGCGGCGGUCGUCGGCGGCGCUGGCCGAAGCCGAGGCUGCGGCGUCGGCGGCGGCGGCGGCGGUUGUGGCGGAGGAUCCUGACGAGAUGGCGAGCGAGGCGGGUAUUGGCUUAACCCACCCGCCGCUGGUGGUGCCGAUGUCGGGCAAAGGGCGGAGUGAUGACGAUACUGCGGCGGCGGCGGCGGCGGCGUGGGCGUCGGCCAGCUUGCCGGUGGCGGGGAGAAUCGAGGGCCUGGCAGGCGGCGGGGGUUUGGGCGGGUUUGAUCUGGCUGCUGGCGGGCUCGACGGGAGUACGGGGACCGCCUUUCCACAGCUUGCGGUGCCGGCGGUAUUUGGGGCGCCGCGGCUCAGCAAGAAGACCGAGGUGGGUGGUGGCGGAGGAGCGCUGGCAUCGGGCAUGCCGCUGGCGCUGGAGACGACGAUGCCGCAUGCUGCGGCUGGAGCUGGGGUCGGUGGCAUGCCAAGCAUCCUGCCGCCGCUGAUGGGCUCGCCGACGGCGAGCGAGGACUCAUCAGCGGCGGUCUCGCCGAGCGGCGAGGCGUGGUGCACAGGGCUGGCUGGGUAUGCGGCAUGGGGUCCGCAGCCCGGCGAUGAGGCCAAUUACGGGUUCAUCCGCUACCUCUCGGACCUUGACGCCGGCAAGCCGACGGAUGAGGCUUUUAUCACGGUCGACCUUGCCGAUGACCAGGGCGAGUUUGGGUGGGUCGGCCGGCUCACCAUCGACGGCUUGAAGUCGGGCCUGGCCUCGCGGGUGGCGCUGGGCGGCUCGCGGGUGGGCGGCGGCGACCGGGCGCGGUCGUACUCGACUGCGGAUCCGGCGCACACCACACUCCUCCCGCACGCGCUCGACUACCGGCGGCGGCAGGCCCUGGUCUAUGUUGGCAUGUCGAGCGUACUCGGGCUCGCAUACAACCUGUGCGUCACGUACAAGCUGCAGUACGACACUCUGCUCGAGCUCGGCUUUGCGCCGGCGGCCAUCCGCAACCAGCUAAGCGAGCUGCUGGUCUCGACCCGGGUUGACCUCUCGGGCAUCCUGCCGUUUGCGCUCUGCGACCACAAGCUGCGCCUGUGUGUCUUCCAUGAGUCGGUUUCCUGCGGCUGCAUGCCGUCGAUGCGCGGCUUUUGCCGCUGCUGCCUUCCCCUCAUCAUCCUCUCGGCCGCUUUUCGCGACGAUCGCUUCCUCGAUCAUCUGUUUGACGGUCUCGAGGGUACUCAGUGGUCCAACUUUUGA